UUUUUAGUUGAAAUUUUUACUGAUAAAUUCUGAGAUAUGAACGGAAUUGAAGAAGAUUCGUUUGAUUUUCCUGAAUUCAUGGAAAGGGAACAUUGUCUACCAACUUCUAGUUCCUCAACAACUUCAUCUGUUUUUCGAGUAUUUUCUAAUCUAAAUUUCUUUUUUGAAGUAAUAACCUUCCCUCUUAUUCAGUCUCUGACAGAUGCUCCUUUACUUCAAAGCACUUCUCAGCAAUCAGCUGAGAAAAUACAAAAACCUGAACUUUUGAAAUGCUCUCAUUAUUUACAAAAUAGUGGAGGUCGUGCCAUUUCUCCAAUUGUAGAGGCAUUUCGAGAAGAUUUGGAUAACAAGGACAGUACAAAUGACAAAAUUGUUCAAAAUUUGGUUACUCGAUUUGAAAAUUUGUUUGACUAUUUUGAACGAAAACAACACCAAUUAAAUGCAAAUUGGGAAAAUUUCCAUAAAGAGAUGGCUAAGUUUAAUCAACAAAAAAUCCAUGAAUGGGCAAAAAUAGAAGAUAUUCAACGUGCUGAAUAUAAAGCAAAGGCAGAAAGGGAAUCUACUAGAGUUAAAGAGUUGGAACUAGAGCUAAUACAUGCACAAAUUAAAUUAUUGGAAGAAAAAGUAGAUGCCUUUGGAAAAUCAUUUAAGAAGGAUAAUGAAAGAAUUAAAGAUUUUAGCGAAAUUUUGGACGGUUCAGAGCGUUCCCACUCUCAAUUUGUUGAUGAGCCUGUAAAUUUAUUUAAUUCUCUUGCACAAAUUUCAUUAAAUCAAAAAUUUGAAUUACCCUAUGAGAUGGUUUAUUUUUAAGCUUUAUUUUUUAUUAUUUUUAAAAAGGUGAAUACAAUGUAUAAGUUG